UAGUGAUAACUAAAAGUUUCAUACCAAUUUCAGUAUAUGAUCGAAUUUACCCAAUUGUAUAUCUAUUAGAAGCUAUUGAAUUAUUACAUAUGAUGUAUGGUUUAAUUUUCUACAAUGUAAUAGUUGUACAAUUUUGUUGGAUGUUAUCUGCUCAUUUAAAAAUCGUUGCUUUUAAAUGCAAAAAAUUUGGACAAAUUAAUGUUGAAUUUGGUCAGAGAAACGACUUUAAUUACAUGAUUAACUUCAAACAAUUACUUUUGGACCAUACAAAGUUAAACGUUUCAAUUAAGCAAUUUUAUGAAAUCAUGAAACCAAUGAUAUUGUUUAGUUUUGGGUUCUUUUUCAAUGCUUUUAUUGCUUUAACAUAUAUGUGUAUUUUGAAUUACUUUAAUAAUGAACGUGUUUUAUCAAUUAAUUCAAUGAAAUUAUUAAAUUCAACAUUAAUUCUAUUAAUCACUUUAUUUAUUAUGUGUUAUUUUAAUAGUUAUCUUGAAAAUCAAAUAAAUGAAGUAGAGUUUGCUAUGUAUAGUAUUGAUUGGAUCGACAAAAGUAUAAAAUUUAAAAAAAUGCUCUUGUUGACUAUGAGUUUAAAUAACGCAAACAGAUUGAAGAUGAAUAUUACUCCACAAAAAACAUUGAAUCUAGGAGUAUUUGCCUCGGUAAAAAGAGUAAUAGUCGCAAUGAUUGUAAAAAGUCAACUGGCAUUGGGGACAGUAAUAUUAUUGUACGAUAGCUGUGAAUUCCAAAAGUGUUUACUUGUGCAGUCCGCCCAUCUGUAGUAAUACAUGUGUCACUGUGUCAAUGUUAUAAGCCUAAUCGGCAGUACAAUAACAUUGUGGGAAAGGGAAUGUGUGAUUAUAUCAUUUGAUUAAAACAAUAAUAAAUAAAUUGGGUUACAAUGUGGAUCAUAUAAAUAAGAUAGAAACUAAGGAGAUGAUAAUAAUGUUAUAAUAUACGUAUAAUAAUUAAAAAUUAAUAAUUCAUUUUUAGGCGAUGCGUGUGUCAUAUUCAAUAGUUUCACUCUUGACAAAAAAAACAAAUUUCAAAUAAGUUGAUUGGAUAUAAAAAUGUAUUUAGUAACUUUUGUGUGCUUCAUUACGUAUUGAGUUUUAUUGUAUGUAAAAAUUUAUAUUGAUUAAGACAAAACAUAAUUAACUACACUUUAUUUUUAAAUUGUUGAUUAUGUUCUUAAGAAAUAUAUAAUUAUGAACUAUUGCUUUAUUUAUUAUAAUUCAAUUUAUAUUUAAAAUUUCUAUUUGUACUAUAUCAAUUAAGUGAUAUAAUAGUGUUCAUGCUCUUUGCAUUUAAUUUUAUUAUUUAAUUUCUUAUUGUCUUAAUUAAAUCUUAAAAUAAAACCGUUUUGUUGCAUUGCUAACCUUGUAAUAUCGAUAUUUAUGUUAAUGUAACAGCAAUCAACUUACUGCCUCGUUCUAAUUGAUAUUGUACAAUAAUCAUGGUAUUUAUUAU